CUCUCCAGCAUUCAAGAUUCUCAGUCAGAUAAUUCUUGCUCUCUGAUCCAAGCCCAUUUCUUCAAUUUCGAAGAGAAGCUAAAAAUAAAUUCGACGACGGCUCUUUGUUAAGGUAAUUUACUCUAAUUCGCAAAGCUGAAAUCAGUCAUUCUUAGACAUUAAUGUUAGUUCUUACCGAAGGGAAAUCAAACUAAACCUGAAAUUGCAACACCUGUAACCUGUUUGAUCAGGUGCUUGAAUGUAACCACUCAGGCUCUUUUGCACAAACACUUGAGAACUCUAUUCAGUAUUCAGUCAGAAGUUUGAUUUUUGUUUUUUCUUUCUCAUUUUGUUGGAAGGGGCUUUAUCAAUGGCUUACAGGGGGUCCCUUUUACGAGUACUGGCACUGAGCUCAGUUGGGUCUGGGUUGGUUUUCUCUGACUAUGCUACGGAUUCAAGGACAUCAGUGUCGGUAUCAAUUCCUGCACCGUUACUUGAUUCAUUGAGUUGGUCAUGGAGGACUUUGUUAGAGCAAUCUACUAAUCCUACUCUGGGAUUGUCCAAUGAGAGUUUUCAGCAUAGAAUUGUUCCGUUGUUUUUUUCUGUAUCAAACAAUGACCCAUCGUCAGAUGUCAAGAAGGAAUCUUCCGUGGGGGUUGUGGAUAAUUCAAACUACUUGCCCAGCGUGUCUGAAAGAGAUGGUGCGAGUCCAAAGCAUUCUUGUAAUUGUCUAGGUCGUGAUACUAUAGCUAAUGCAGCUGCUAAAGUUGGACCUGCUGUUGUUAAUAUAUCUGUCCCUAAGGGUAUUGCUGGUGUAGUGGUAGGAGUGAGCAUGGGGUCGGGAACUAUAAUAGACGCAGAUGGAACUAUUUUAACCUGUGCCCAUGUUGUUGCUGAUUCUCGUGGCUUACGCUCUUGGGUAGAAGGGAAGGUUAAUGUAGCUCUGCAAGAUGGUAGGACAUAUGAGGGCACAGUGGUGAAUGCUGAUUUACAAUCUGAUAUUGCGAUUGUCAAGAUCACGUCGAAGACUCCUCUGCCCACAGCAAAUCUUGGUUCUUCGGGUAAGCUUCGGCCGGGUGAUUGGGUGGUUGCAUUAGGUUGCCCUCUGACACUCCAGAACACCAUAACAGCUGGUAUUAUUAGUUGUGUUGAUCGUAAGAGCACUGAUUUGGGUCUCGGUGGAUCUCGGAGAGAGUACCUACAGACGGACUGUGCAAUCAAUGAGGGAAAUUCGGGAGGACCCCUGGUUAACAUGGAUGGAGAACUUGUUGGUGUCAAUAUCAUGAAAGUACAAGGGGCUCAAGGAUUAGGUUUUUCUGUUCCAGUUGAUGUUGUUUCCCAAAUUAUUGACCACUUCAAGACACAGGGGAGAGUUGUACGUCCUUGGUUGGGUCUAAAAAUGAUCGAACUCAAUGAGAUGGUUGUUGCACAACUCAAGGAGAAAAAUGCUGCAUUUCCAUCCGUGACGAAGGGUGUUCUUGUGGCCAUGGUCACUCCAGGAUCACCUGCUGAUCGUGCUGGAUUUCGUCACAGUGAUGUGGUGAUUGAGUUCGACGGAAAGUGUGUUAGUAGCAUAAAAGAGAUAACUGAUAUUAUGUGGGACAGGGUUGGGCAGCCAUUGAAGGCAGUUGUGAUAAGAGGCACUGACGAAUCUGUUACUUUGACAGUGAUUCCAGAGGAAGCCAAACCCAACAUGUGA